UGAAGCGCCUCUACAGGGGUCUUUUCUGCUCAUGUCACCACAUAAAACUAUCAGAUGGUUAGAGGAAGGACAUGGAGGCAACUAGUUAGCUCAUCGCCGCUGCAGAGAAGCAAACAAGCCUCUGCUACAGAGCAGCUGCCGGUGGUGUAAAAGAAGCUGAUUCAGCCCGCGGAGGCGAAGGGAGGGGUGCACAGGAGGAUUCCCAAAACCAAGCCAGCUCGCUGCCUCCUCAGGACUAAACCGCAGCAGCGUGGCCGCGGAAGGAGCGAGAGACACGCCGGAGCAGAGGGCUGGGAAAGAGUCCGGACUCCCAGCUGCGUCCCGGAUGCGGACUGUCAACUUCCAGCAACUUUAAGAUCUCCGCGGGUCGCCUAGCGAAGAUGCCUCGCCCGGGCAGGAACACUUACAGCGAUCAGAAGCCUCCCUACUCCUACAUCUCGCUGACCGCCAUGGCGAUCCAGAGCUCCCCGGAGAAGAUGCUGCCCCUGAGCGAGAUCUACAAGUUCAUCAUGGACCGCUUCCCCUACUACCGGGAGAACACUCAGCGCUGGCAGAACUCCCUCCGCCACAACCUCUCCUUCAACGACUGCUUCAUCAAGAUCCCGCGCCGCCCCGACCAGCCGGGCAAGGGCAGCUUCUGGGCGCUGCACCCCAGCUGCGGGGACAUGUUCGAGAACGGCAGCUUCCUGCGCCGCCGCAAGCGCUUCAAGGUGGUCAAGUCGGACCACCUGGCGCCCAGCAAGCCGGCGGACGCGGCGCAGUACCUGCAGCAGCAAGCCAAGCUGCGCCUCAGCGCCCUCGCCGCCACCGGCACCCACCUGCCCCAGAUGUCCACGUACAAUCUCGGCGUGUCCCAGCCCUCCAGCUUCAAGCACCCCUUCGCCAUCGAGAACAUCAUCGCCAGAGAGUACAAGAUGCCCGGGGGCCUCGCCUUUUCCACGAUGCAGCCCAUGCCGGCCGCCUACCCCCUCCCCAAUCAAUUGACUACGGUGGGCAGCUCCAUUGGCACGGGCUGGCCCCACAUGUACGGCUCCGGCAUGAUCGACACCGCCACCCCCAUCUCCAUGGCCAGCAGCGAGUACGGCGCCUACGGCGUGCCCAUCAAACCGCUCUGCCACGGCGGGCAGACUUUGCCGGCCAUCCCCGUCCCCAUCAAGCCUACCCCCGCCGCGGUGCCAGCCCUGCCCGCCCUGCCCGCGCCCAUCCCCACCAUCCUCUCGAACUCGCCGCCCUCCCUGAGCCCCACGUCCUCGCAGACGGCCACCAGCCAAAGCAGCCCGGCCACCCCCAGCGAGACUCUCACCAGCCCGGCGCCCGCCCUGCACUCCGUGGCUGUGCACUGA